AACGCAUUCUGUGACUAGGGUGAUGGAAAAACUACUUUUAAUUACUUCAAUGAAACUUAGUUCAAAAUUCUAAAUUAUGUUUUCAACACACAUCCAAACAUUUUGGUCAAUGCAAAAAUCAUGUUUGAUCCUCAAGUUCGGAGCUUCAAAAGCACAUCCAUACACACUCUUAGUAGUAGAAUUUGAUGCCUUUGGUCAUUUCUCAGAAUGCACAGGUAGAGUUCUUCGCUCUUGUCCUGUCUUUUAAAUCAAAACUAAGCUACAAUGCUUGAUGUUUAAUCACUUGGUAUGAAGCUUCAAACCUUCUAAGCCAUUCAAUGGGUCCUGCCCCGAUUGUUGUUUGAAUCCAAUGGAGGAAUGGGAAUUUUAUUAGUUGUUUUGUGAACAAAGUAGAAAAGGGAAUCUGCUUUAUUUGUAGUUUUGUUUAGCUAUCAGUCUAUCACGUUGCUUGUCUAUGUCCACUUUUUGCUCUGGAAGGUUCACUUUCUGUCUGAGGGGAAGCCUUUUUCCCUUUUUUUCCUGAACAUCAUAGGAAUAGGCCUGAUCCUACGAUCUUUAAAGGAAGAAUAAGUAACUAGCUAGUGACUCACGAGUGGAUUAUAUUCCUUUUUGCUCUGUGUCAAUGCCACAAUGAGGGUCUUCUUUUACUUUAUCCUCCUCUCAGUCCUAUAAAGCUGCCAAUGCUAUUUGUUCCUUGUUGAGUCCUGCAAGAUAUCUCUCGAGCCUACCUAGUCAAAAUUCUCUUUCCCUUUAAUCAUGAUGCACUUGUGUUUAUUUCAACUCUAGUAUAAUCUAUACUACGUUGAACCGGGAUUAUACUAAUUUAUUGAUAUAUACAUUAUUUAUAGUUACUUUCUUAGUUCUAGGUGUUUAGGCAAUACUGGAUUCAAGAGAUGGGUGGCCGUGAAAAUGCAUUGGGGCUUCAAAGUGUCUCAGAAACGACAGUAAUUAGUUCUGUGUCUAUGGCUAUGCCUUCAGGAGUCGUGGCUAACCCUUUUCUUGCUUCUUCUGCUUGGGAUCCACUUGUUCCAUUGAGUCAAACUUUGGGAGGCUCUCUUAUGGUUUCUCAUAGUGAGUUUGCCAAUUCAGCUUACCCUUCUGUUUUGGAAAACCAGGGAAUGAACUGUGACUCUCACUUUGUUCAAUAUGUAUCUGACUCAAAUUUUGAGCACAUGGCCCUUAAGGUUCCCUCCUUUGGCCAAACCGGUUCUUAUGAUAUAGCUAACACAGGGUAUCUGCCAAAUCAUAAUCCGAGUAAUGAGUCUGGAAUGGAAAGGAGUCCAAUAAACAAUGAGCAAUCUAAGCUCGAAGGUUCAACUUCUGAAGAAGGAGCUGCACCUGAUGAACACAAAAGAAAGCGUGGACUUGACUAUAAUUUUACUUUCAGUUCAAAUAAGAAUGCUGAGGGGGAAGCACUUAAAGAUUCUUCUGGGAAGAGCUGUGAUGAUGAUGUGAAAGAACAAUGUGAAAAGAAGCCUAGAGUUGCACAAAAUAGUACUGCUAACUUAUGUGGAAAGCAAUUGCUGAAGCAAAAGAAAGAUGACUCCGAGAGUGAAGAAGGUUCCAAAGAAAAUUUCAUUCAUGUGAGAGCCCGAAGAGGUCAAGCUACAAACAGUCACAGCCUUGCAGAAAGGGUGAGGAGAGAAAAGAUUAGUGAGCGAAUGAGGUUGCUUCAAGAACUUGUUCCAGGAUGCGAUAAGAAAACGGGUAAAGCGGUAAUGCUGGAUGAGAUUAUAAACUAUGUGCAAUCACUGCAACAACAGGUUGAGUUUUUGUCCAUGAAACUUGCCACUGUAAAUCCACAAUUGAAUUUUAAUGUAGAGCAGAUCUGUUCCAAAGAUGUAAGUUCACACAUUGGACAUGGACCUAUUGGUGGAUAUGGUGCCAGCAUCAGCAUGCCUAACCCAUCAACACAAUUCCCUCCAAUGCCACAGUCUGUUUUGAACCAAAGCUUUUAUGAAACAAGUUACAAUACCAUUACAGCUCUUGACAAUUUGGGAACCAGUGGAUGGUUGAAAACAGAGUUAUAGAGUGUGAGAUAUCUGGUCUUGUUUCUUUUAUCAGACUUUGGAAUUUUAUUGUCCAGUUGACUGCACAAAUUAACUGAAGUUGAAGGCAGAGUAACUAAAAGUAGUCAGUCGUGGUAUAGGACUAUAGGGUGUUAAUACCUAACUGUUUGUUCUUUGAUUUUUUAGCAGAAGAUGAUUGUUCGCAAAUAGUGUUUCAUAUUGGAAAGUGAGGGUAAUUCUGUACCUAACAUGUGGGGUACUUUAUGCAAUGAUAUUUGGUUAUCCUUCAAUCUGCAUAUAUGAGUAAAAAUGUUGCAAAAUGUAUCAAGAUGAGA